AUGGGUGAUUUAGGAGUUUUCCAGGGCUACGAGGGCUUUCACAAAUUUGGAGACCCGGUCUCAACUGUAGAUGGCUAUACCCUUCGCCCAACUCCCUCCGGCGAGAAACGAAAGGUCCGUGUGGUCUUCAAAGGUAUGGGAAUGAGCGCGAUAGAUUUCGCCCAUACUAUGCAGGAGCAUUACCCAAACAUCGACCUUGUCUGUUACGAGAGAAAUAAAGCAUGUGGCGGGGUCUGGAACAACCACAAGUAUCCUGGCUGCGCGUGUGACAUUCCCAGCGUGGUUUAUCAAUACUCCUGGCACCUGAGACCCUGGUCAAUGUACUAUUCGCCUUCGGCAGAGAUCGAAAACUAUCUGCAGGACGUGGUUGAAACGUACGAUCUGAACAAGUACGCGGUCUAUGGGAUCGAGGUUUUGAAGGCCGAAUGGCUGGAAGACCAAGGACAAUGGAAAAUCACCCUCAGGCGAGAAAACGGAGAGAUCUUCGAAGACUUCGCCGACUUUUACAUCAACGGAGGUGGAAUUCUCAAUACCCCAAGAUGGCCACACAUCGAGGGCUUGCGCUCUUUUAAGGGUCCUCUUACCCAUUCCGGUAGAUACGACGAAUCGAUUGACCUACGUGACAAGCGUGUGCUGGUCAUCGGUAUUGGGAGUUCAGGCACCCAGAUCGUCCCAUCGAUAUUGGACAACGUCAAGCAUAUUCAUCUGGUGGCGAGGUCUAAAACAUGGAUCACCGGAGGUAUUGGGGCGAACUGGGUCGAGCCUAAUGCGAAAGAAGCUUUGGGCAACUUCUACUACUCCGAGAAGACCAAACAACGAUUUGCCGAAGACCCAGAGGCAUAUCUGAGAUACAUCAAGUCGAUCGACACUGAAAUGUCACACCGGUUCCGAAUGUAUCUCAAUGGCACACCAGAAUUCUAUGCCGCCAUCAACCGAUGCGCCCAGACGUUUUAUACGAAGCUUGCAAAUAAGCCAGAGCUGGUGGAGGCACUCUUACCACGUAACUUUGCCGUCGGGUGCAGGCGAGCCACCCCUGGAAUCGGAUUCUUGGAGGCUCUGGCAACUGACAAGGUGACUGUGUACCCUGAAAGAAUAAAGGAAAUCGUUGAAGACGGCUUCAUCGACCUACAGGGCCAAAAGCAUGAAGUCGAUGUGAUCAUUUGUGCCACUGGAUACGACACCUCCUAUACGUCCAAGAUCCCCAUGCUUUAUAACGGCAAGAACCUGCAAGAUGUACAGAGGUCAAGAGAGUCCUUGGUACACUAUAUGGGUAUCGCCGAGCCCGAGGUGCCCAAUCAUUUCGUCUAUGCAGGGCCGUACUCUGGGUACGGUCAUGGAUCGUUGAUCCCGACCAUCGAGAGAAGCACCCGAUACAUUUUGAAAGUCAUUGAGAAGGCGCAAGUUGAAGACAUCAAGAAAAUUUCCCUGAAGCAAAAGCCCGCAGAAGAUUUCACCAAGCAUGCCAACCUGUGGCUCUCGACCACGACAUGGUCCGGACCUUGCACAUCCUGGUACAAAUCCGGGACCGACAACAAAAGUGCGCCAAUGUUUCCGGGGACGAGGACCUUGUUUUUGAAAACACUGGAAGCAGACCCACGCUACGAGCACUACGACAUUGAAUACAUGAGCGGAAACACGUGGAACUUUCUCGGCAAUGGCUUGCAUGUGGCAGACGUCACCGGCCGUGAUUUGACGUGGUAUUGGGGAUUGAUCGACGGACAAGACAGGGAGGUUGCACCAUUCGACUGGAUUGGGUUCCUGAAACAGUGCGAGAAAAAUGCCGAGGCCCCGAGCGCUGAGUCCUAG